ACCAGUCUACCACCACUCCCCGCGUCUUACUAUAUACCACUAGUCGUCCGUCGUCUCGCAACAAGAAACUACAUUGAAAUAACAAAAAUAAAAAACAAAAUCAACUGUCAUCUCGCGCGCCGGAUUGCCAAAAACCGCGCACAUUUCAGCCAAAUACACGACCUCAGUGAUGUGCCUUAAUUAAGUGAUUCACAGUGACCCGUUUCGGUUUCAUCCGAUUUGUGCUAAUCGGAAAAUUCGUAAUUUACGUGUAAUUGCUUUCUAACAAUAGGAUGCAAAAAAGGAAAUUAUUAUCAGACGAUCAGAUGCAAAUUAUCACGCGAGUCCCCUAGAGAUAAAGCGAGAUAGGAGAUAUCGUUGUCACUAUCGUUACACUAAGUUGAUAGACCGUAUCGCUUCUUCGCUGUCGUUUCUAUCAGCUGAUUUACACAGCACGUUUCAGAAUUAGUGAAAAAUGCAUUUACAUGGCGCGUCAUAGUAAAUUCUGUUGCUGACUCAGAGUGUAAACCGCGCAGUCGCGAAACAGACAUCGACAAUUUUUUCCGACAUUUUCGAACGAUAGAAAUCUUGCCGCCUAAAUAUAUUAUUUUUUGUGACGUCCAUCUUGUGCCUUAUGUUGUGUUAGAGUGAGAUGGUGUCAUAGUGUUAUGAUGGAAAGAAAAGUGGAAAGGCGGGUGCAAUGGGCUUCAGAACUGCACUCGGAGUACCGCAGCACGUACAGAUGGCACGAGUACAAGGAGCAACAGCAGCAGUCCGGCGUGGUCAAGCAGCCAGCGCCCGCGCCGCCCUCCGCACUGCCCAUAGCCAGAGGCGUAAUCGAACCAGCACUGCCACGUCGUAAAAAGUAUCCAGGGGUCGCGUACAAAACCAAUGAGUUCUUUGAUCCGGCGCCUUCUGAUGAGAUCAGACCACAGCAGAACGCCACCUUAGACCGCGCCCGAAGCGCACAGAGGAAUGACUCGGAACGCGCCGGUCGGCGUAGUAAAUCUGAGGGACCACGCCAGCCGCGAUGGACUGACACUGUCGAACCUAAGGCAACCACAGCCUUAGGCGAAGUGUUAGCGGCAAAAGAACCAGAACCGGUAAACGUGAGCACGGAGUAUCGCAACCAGUUUGCAUGGCCUAAAGACACCACUGAUGCACCAAGGAAGAGCAUCUCUAUGGGAGCGCUGAAGAAGGCUGCCGCGGCCGAAGGUUCAGUUGAAGCACAGCCACUAAUGAACCACGUGGAUGGUGAGGACGACCACAAGAGAUACAUCGAAGACUAUUUGUGGAACGGGCAGAAGCCCGCCGUACAGAGAAAAUCGACGUUCCGUAGCGCGCUAUCGGCCCUCAUAUACAAUGGAGAGGAUCGUUCCAAAGAUAGGAAACGUUACAAAAGCGAGUACAAAAAGAAAUUUAGACCGUUCUCUCAAUACGUGUACGAGGCGUCUAAAGGGACAUUUACGAAAUGCAGGGGUAAAGGGAAGUCGAAUGAGGAGGCGAGCGAGAGGUUGGUGGGCGAGAGCGAGGGGGGUGGGGCUAGUGGGGUCCGGGGGGUGGGGGCCAAAGCCGCCGGCGCCUCUAAGGCUGCCGGAGAGGACAGCGAGAGCACGCUGCGCGCUGCCGGCCUGCAGCCACUCGGGCUGCCGCAGGGAGACUCCUGGUACCGCGAGGUGAUGGACUUGCGCAAGCGUGCCGGCGAGUACAAGUACCGCGGCUGGGGAACCGAGCUGGCUCCAGAGCACAUCACACAGCUUUACAAUAAGCAGAUCGAGCUCUGGUACCAAGUAUCUCGCCGGUCCUCCCUCUCAGCGCUAUCACUCGCUUCCACUAAUCACAAGGCUUUGCCUCGUGAUGAAAAGGAUGGCAAGGAUUCCAAGAGCCAUUCUCCAAAGAAGUUCAGGUCGUUCCGCUCUGCACCGCACCAGUCCAUACACGCCAAGCUUCAAGAGACUAAAGCAUUGGAGCGUUCGCCGCAUAAGACAUCGCCACAGAAGCAAAGGAAGAAGCUUCAAGGCCAUAGCUUCGAUGAAGGCGCGGCCCAAGAAGGAGUUAAAACUGAAGGAGCCUACCGAUCUCCAAGGCGGCGGCCUCGCUCGGCUGACCCGGCACCCGUUACUACAAGACAUCUGCCCAAUGGACACGAGGCACAUCCUCGACCUGCCAAGCCUACCGGUUUGCCGUUAAGUAGGGGCAGUAGUAAUAGAGUUAGGUCAUCGUCGAGAGGCGGAAGGUCGCCUUCCGCGCCUCCAAAAUCUGGGCCUGGAACGAAUGGGACAGUGGAAGCCAAUGCCCUAGAGCAGAACAAAAGGAGUCGCAGCGUCUCUAAAGUGGGGAUAAAAUUGGAAGACGAUAUCCAGGCUCACCGCAGUGCAUCUGUCGCUAAGGACCACUUCUUCGACGACUCCCCAGUGGUUAAAUCGCCCCCGGAGCCCACCCGUGUCAAGUCCCCUGAACAGAUGAACAUGCGCUCCCCUGAUCCUGUCAACUGGACUGUGCCACUUGACACUGGCAAGACAUUCACUGUGACACAGAAUGUCAAAAGCGAGAUCGCUCCAAUCCAUCAUCAGCAAAUGUCGCCAAUCCGUUCGCUGAAAAAGAGUGAGUCGCCAACAAGUUUGAGCAAACGCGUGGAUAAAACUCCCACUACACCAAUUAGCUUGACUCCCAUAGAUGAGACUAAAGCUCUGGAUUUAAACAAGGUGAAUGGCGUCAACGGGAUCAAUAGCAACCAGCUGACACCUGAAACACCUAUUAAAGAAAUUAUUAAAGAAAAAGAAGUAAUCAAGAAAUCUACUGAAGCCACUCAGGUGGCGCCAGGAGUGGUUGACACAACGCUAAUAAACGAUACAUCGAGCACGGGUGGAUUGACAGCGGCUGAGGUAUUAGACCGUGCCCGAUCCAGGUUUGAUAAGUUCUGGGGAAAAAAGGAGGAUGAUGUGUAAUCUAACAGUUGAAGCGUCAAUUGACAAGAACACGUAAAAUUCGAGGGACAUUCUGUCUCCCUGAAUGUGUAUGUCAAUGAAGGAGACAGCAUGUGGAUUCGAUACAGUUGUUCACACAAUGCAUUUAAUAAAGUAAUGAGCUAUUCUCCAAUGGUUAUAAAAUCGCAAAAUAAAGUAGGUCGGUGCAUAGCUUCGCUUGUAUAAGAACGAUUACUGUAUUAUUUAUUAUAUAAUGAUCACUGUCUAUUAAAUAGGAGUGUGGUGGCUUGUGAUAGUAGAUACGGUCUGGUCGAAGUAGAAUAGUAAGAUUAAUAUACGUAUUUAUGAAACAAGGAGUUUAUAACUAAAGUUACAUGUGAUGUGGGUUAAAACAAAUUUUUAAGUCCUUUAAAAUUGUCAGAGAUACAUUAACUAUUUAGGGAUUUUCUGGAAUAGGUUCUGGUUUUAAAGAAAAUAUUAAAGAAGGAUGCUGAGAUAUUUUAUUAGGGCAUUAAAAUAUUGUUUUCUUACGCUAAGAUUUUUAUCAAAAAAUCUAAUCAUAUAGUAAGUCUCGUUAUAAACUUCUUGGUAACGAUUAAAAGAUUCGAUGAACGAUGGAUGUUGGUCUUAUACAACAUUAAUUGUAAAAUCAUAGUUAUUAUUAAGUUGCGAAUUAAAUUUGUAUAUUUACUUCAAUCCCAUGUAAGCGCAUAACUAUUGCAAAUAUUCAAAGCAUCAAAUACAUGACGCAACGAAAUAGUAUCAAGCGGCAAAGGUGUCUGUCUAAUUAUUAUUUAAUUCAAUUAUUGAAUAUUACGUAUUUCUACGCAGAUUCAACUUAACAGAAAUAGUGAACAAUCACAAACGUAUUUAGCUUUCUCAGAAAUUUCUUUCUAUUCAUACAUCUCCGUCCAUAGAAAAUACAUGACAGAUAAUUUAAACGCCAAAUGAAGUGGCUAAAUACAUUCAUAGUACAUUACCAUCAAUUUCAUAUUAAAAUAUUUCUUAGUUUCCAAGUCAGAGUCUAAAUCAUAGUUUCGUGAAUUCCAUUGUGGUUGUUUAUUAUUUCAGAAUUGAGAAAACCCUUGCAUUUAGUUUUUGUGUUUGUACGAAGUAGAUACUUUUUAACUAUUUAUAUAUUACAAUGGGCAAUGUAUACUUUCUAAAUGCAUCUGUUAGCCGUCCAACGUAGUAUUUUUUGCGAAAUAAUUACAAAAUAUAUUUUCUCAAAUUAUUUCUACAGCUUUGUAAUCUAUGGAUGAAAAGAUAUAUUUUAUAACAAUCUACAACAUUAUUCUUCGUCUAUUGUAUCUGUGAAUGUUAUUGAUAGAAAUGGCGGGAAAUUGAAAUCAACGGCCAGAAGCCAGCUUAGAUAGUUCUUUAAUAUGUUAUUUGAUUGUAAUUGAUUUAUACGAAUAUUGCUGUAGUGUUUUUAUCGAAAAACUUUGUAGUUACCAAUGGAUAUUUAUCCAGAGCCUUGCCGGAUAUGUUUAUCCAUGUCCGAAUUUAAUGUAUCUUUAUCCGGUACGUAUUGUACAAAAGCAAAUAUAAUAGCCAAAAUAUUGUUGUAUCUAAAAAUUAUUAUCGAAAAAACGGACAGGCUGAAAACAAUUUGCUUCAAAUGUAUGGUAAGGAUUGAACAGAUCCAUGAAUUUAUAACGACCAUAACGCAGUCACAAAAUCAUUUCGAUAAACAUUAUUCAAGACCAAAGAGCCCUUCGCCCAAUAUUCGCGUUACUUCCUUCGCUCAACAAGAAAAUAAUGCCUUUCUCAAAAUGAAACAGUCGAGUCCAUUCUUUUCCUGUUCGCCGCUAAAUAUACUUGUAAAACAAUCGAAUCAUCAGUUUUUGACCUCUGGCACUCGUUUACAUAACGUUCGAGACGAUAAUGAAGAGGAUCUGCAAAUGAAUCCAGGAGAAUCGGAACAGCUUUCGGUUGAUAUGUUUGAAUCUCAAUCUGACUAUGAGGAUGUGGACUUUAAGCGGCCAGAUUAGAAAAUGACUUCAGACGCGAAUAUAAUUAAAAGAGUAAUUGUUAUGAUCCAGCAGACAACUGAUUAAAUUCUUUUGCGUUCUAUGGAAUUCCGUAGAGACAGGGUAACGUUAGAAUUGAUUUAAGUAAUUUUCUGUAGAUAUAAUAAACAUAGGUGCCUAUUGUUUUAUUCAUAGACUAGCUAAAUAUCUUUCAGUUCCACAGACAAUAUAAGUACCUAAUCACAACUUUGAAUUUUUGUAAUUUAAAAUUUCUCUUUAUCCGUAAGAUUAAAAAUUUUAUCGUAUAAGAAAUUUGUUAAUACUAAUUAAUAUUUGUGAAAUUGAUGUUACUUGUAUUAAUAAUAAAUGUCAUUGAAAUUUCAUUUUAGUUUAGGCGUUCAAUACUAAUUGACCUUCGACCGUAAACGUGACCUUAUAAUGCCUAUGAAAAGUCAUGUAACAACCAAUUUAAUCAACCAUAAUUAUUGUGACGGCGUGUCACGCCUACGGAGAAAUGGUUAUGUCUCAGUGCCCAGUAUUAUUUCAAGCAUUGAAUUGUUUUUUUGCGCACAAAAUUUUUUCAAGCUAUUCCUCCUCGACAUUUUUCAUAGCAAGUAAUAGCUUUCCUAAGAAGCUAAGCGUUUGUUUUUUCUGUUGAAAUUACAUCAAAAUGGACACCUUAAUAAACAUUUAAAAAUGG